AUGACCAGAAUUGAUCUAGGAAAUGAAACUUGAAACAUCAGCCAACUUUUGCAUGUCCACAUAUUUCCAGCACUUGUAACUCCCGUUUGAUGUCUAUGACCAUGCAAAGACUUGUUUGUGACGGGAAAGCACAAAGGGCAUGUGUUUAAAACAAAGAUUGUGGAUCGCAAUAUGUAGGCAACUCACCACAGACAGGCUUAUUCCGACGAAUUAAACUGAACAGCAAUACUUUUUUUUCAAAUUGAAAGGUUUCCAAAUUGAACUGGCGACUAGAUAAGACCGCCUUUGUGUACGUCGUGGCCAUAGGUUUAAGUGGCUGCUCAACCAAACACACAAAUGUGGGGAAAAUGGUGCGAGGAAAAUAGCCCAGCAAACAGGCGAGUUGCUUAGCGACGGUCACGUACUUCGUGGGUAAAACCAAACUGAGUGGCAGUAAUGUACAUGGCGUACAAUGCCUGUAGGCCUAUUCAUCGUGUUUUGGAGUGGGGUUAUAUCAUAUUUAGCAAGUUGAACAAACAUUGAGUUGAACGGAAUACUUUGGUGGUGAUCGCUGAUGACGCUGCUCGUGCUGAAUUUGCAAAGACAUCAGUGGAGUCAAGUUGAAAUAAGGAGAAGAGCUUUUGGAGUUAUCUGAUCGGAACGAUGAAGGACUCUUCGAGCCAGAAGCAGUCGGACCUGGAUCAGGAGUUCGCCUCCACCACCACCCUGCACGGCAUUGCCCGGAUCUUCGACAGCACCCGGCUGCCCGUUAGGCUCCUGUGGCUGUCCAUACUGCUGGGCUGUCUGGGCGUCUGCGUCUGGCAGAUCACCGACCGGUUCCAGCGUUACCUCCUGCACGAGGCGACCACGGCGGUGUCGGUGGAGUACGUUGGAGAUCUGGACUUCCCGGCGGUGACAAUUUGUAACUUCAACAGAUACCGUAGUUCAGCGCUGACCGAGGACGAUAAGGCCCACCUGGAGGAACUCAUCGAAUAUGCAGACUACGACUACGACACUUACGAUGACGAGGAACCCGACGCCAGGAGAACAGCGCAAAGCCAAGGGGAGACGACCAACUUCAGCUUCUCUGAGGUCACUCUGCGCACGGGCUUCCAGAUGGACGAGGAAACCCUCCUGGACUGCAAGUGGCGGGGCAAAAAGAACAGUUGCAAUGGACAGAAUUUCACCCACGUAUUCACGUCAUUCGGAAACUGCUGGACUUUUAACUCCGGUGAGACCCAGGACGAGAAGGAAAUAAGUGUAUUAAACCAAAUCCAACCUGGAAGCGGCAACGGCUUGACAAUGGUCAUUAACAUCCAACAGGCAGAAUACACCGAACCAGUACAAAACGGCAAUUUAGAGGCCGGAUUGAAGGUUUUGGUCCACGAUCAAGAGACGCCGCCCUCUGUCGACUCAGAAGGAUUUGCCAUCGCCCCUGGAGUCCACGCGUUCGUUGGUUUACGUAAAAUAGAGUAUGAAAACCUCGAAUAUCCGUGGGGGGAAUGUGAUAAAUCGAGGCGUCUGUUACACUAUGACAAAUACACACUUCCUGGUUGUGACAUUGAGUGUCGAGCCGAGAGGAUCUACGAGCGAUGCCAGUGCAAACUUGUCAGGCAUCCCGGCGAUGAAACAGAAUGCUCUCCAUUACAAGUCAAGAAGUGCGCCACACCAGUCCUAGCAAAACUCAAGACUGGCGAGGUAGAGGGCUGCGGCUGUCCCGUGCCCUGCAACUACAGCGAAUUCCGGACCUCACUGUCCAUGGCGACCUUGCCCAGCAACAACCUGCUGGUCGAUUUGUGGAAGCUAUACGGAGGAGAUGACAGCGUUAAUUACACCUUCGAUGAGACACUAAGAUAUAUCCGGGAUAACUGGAUCUUUCUGGAUGUUUACUACGAGUCUCUCAACUUCGAGAAAUACGUGCAAUCCGAGGCAAUCACCCUAUCGGCUUUGAUAAGCGACAUCGGCGGUCAGAUGGGCCUCUUCCUGGGCGCCAGCUUCAUUACCAUCACCGAGAUCCUACACUAUCUGGGUCGCAAGGCGGGCCUUUGGGUAACUAGCCGCUCCCGCCCGCACGCUAACCAAUCAAAGGUUCGACCAGGGAAUGAAACCGUGGCUAUCUCAGACUUGUCCUCGCCUCACUGACUGCAUACCCCUCUGUGUUAACUUUGGGGCAUGGGAACAAACUCAAAACAAAAUAUCUGUUUACAAAUGUCUCUAUUUCCAGACUUAAAUACUUUGCCCUGAAAUAACACUAUUUGAAAUAUCGAUAUUUCUUUAUUCUGAAUGGAGAUAUUUCUCUCCAAUGAGAACAGAUCGUCUUGAUAAAACUGUCUAUAACAGAAAUAUAUUUAUUUCUGAUAAACAAUAUUUAUUUCCUAAUCUCUCCCUUGAUAUAUCUCUUCAGAUAUAUAUCUAUGGACAGGGAUCUACAUAUAGAGAUUUCUCUAUUUCAUUUCUGGUCCGCGUUUUCGCAGGUAUUAAAAUUUAAGAUAAAAAAAGUGAGAGGUGCGUGUUGCGUUUUCGUCCUUUCCCUUCCUGUUUAAAUCAUGAUACCGACACUCCACAUACAACAUGGUUUCACAGGUCCUCGUUGCGGGGCUUGCUGUAUGAGUACACAGCGUCCCACGCGGCAGUCCGCAAAUUCUGGCAUCAUCAUCUAUUUGGAGUUUUGACUCGCUAUAAUUAAGAACACCACGCCAGACAUUGACAUUUCUGUUAAGACAGUCAGUUACGCUGCAAAAAAAUUAAAAAAUAAAUAAAAACUGUACAUCUCUUUUUCUGAAAUAAACAUCUCUAUUUGAUCUAAAUUUGAUAUCUCUAGGUAGGUAGAUUUUGAUAUCUGUAUUAGAAAUAGAGACCUUUUCAGUAAUAAAUUCAUAAUUAUGCACGCACGCGCACGAAUGGCCGUGGCGGCAAGAAGUGGGUGUGGGCCAUUGAAACGGUACAGGGAUGCGAAUUUGAUGAUAAGUUUCUCUCAGGUUUUCUGGCCUUGUUAAGUUUUUUCUACAGUCUCAUUAUAUCGUUUUUGCUAUUAGCUUCUAAUCUAAGCGGAAGUUUCAGUGCUCUGUCAAAAGACUUUACAAUCUUGAUUAUCCUGUGCGCACAAGAUCGCCGUUUCUUAGUAUGGCCCCCUUCCAUCUUAAGUAGUACAAAUUACAUCAUUAGUGCUCUUCGAGCCAACCUGUCCAUUUGUGAACACGUACCGAUGUUCAAUGUACAUGUACUGUACGUACAUAGCUUACCAUUGAACUUGGUAAUAGCUCAGAGUGCUACCGACAGAAAUGGUAUCCAGAUGUUACGUUUGGGGUUGUACGACAAGACAAUGUGCAGAUCCCAAAGAGAAAGGGAUCUAGUUCAUCAGAUUUCCCAAGAGCAGAAAGCAGCGAAUCGAAUAGGUAAUGAAGUCGUAUUGUGUUAUUUAUAAUACAAAGAUGGCCAUGCACUCGGCCGACGUACAUUUUAAUAAGCAGAGUACGAGAUGAACUGAUUAACUUUAGGGCAGCCUACAAACCAAUGCAAUUUUCACCAUAUUUCUGCAAACGUGUGUCAUUUACAAUACCGGUAGUUGCUAACAUAAAGUCGGUGUUCUGAUUUUCCUGGUGGUCAGUUCAGUAAUUCAGCUGGUAGUAAUAGUUAGGAAAAUAUUGCCAAACCUUUUUUGGGGGGGUCAAUUUGCUCUCAGUUUUUACUGAAAAGGAGUAAAGUUAUCAUGUCUUUACAAAUAUUUAUGUUUAAGUCUGCAAACUGAUAGUAACUAUAAUAGUGCUUAACUUUUGGGCCAGCAGAUUACUCGAUCAUGAUAAUUCAUAACGGGUACGUUUCUGCUGUCCGAAUGCAAUUACAUAUAUUAGUUAUCAUUUCAAUUUUUCAGGAGUUACGGCCUUUUGAUGCCCAAUGUGUGGAAGCACUGUCUGUGCAUAUGUAAUAAUUGGGAGUCGAGUUAGAUGACCAGCUGAAAUUUGGUGCCAGUGUGAAAGCUAAGUACAAUAAAUUACAACAGUGUUUGUUCUUCCUACAUAAACUCAAGUAUUUUGAUGUUGACAGGACGGCACUCCAAAUGUUUUAUUACACCGUAGUACAGAGUAUUCUCACUUUUUGUCUAAUUUGUUUCCCAUGAUGGAAAUAUGAGGGCCCAUGAUUAAAGCAAGCUAAAUAGAAAUGUUAACCAUCGGGCAGAUCUAUCGGUCUAUAGCAACAGUCUCCUGAGGCACUGUACAGAUAUCCCACGUGCAAUGAAACAGAAAUUGUUCUGUCAGACUCCAUCAUCGGCUUCAUGCCAAAUUUCAGAACAGUUCGAGAAGUAUUCGCUUUCUUCAAGGAAGGAUCAGAACACAGCGCUACGGUGACUCAUUUGUUCCCGCACCGCUGGAACGAGGAACUGCUGUGGAAUAAGUCCCUUCCGCUGAACUAUGAUUCCAUUAAUAAUUAUCAUUUCUGUGCGUGUACAUUGUAUAUUUAUGAAUUGUGAUUGAAUACUGAGUUUCACAGUAAGCGUUGGAUUUUUUUUUAUUUACUGUAAUUAAAUCAGCUUUUUAUGUUUAUGAAGUCCUUGUUUUAUUAUCUUAACCUGUCUUUACAUUUUAGUGUACUUUUAGCUUGUAUACAAUUUUUAUACGUCCUGCCUGUAAUUUGUUUUUUUUCCUAAAGGCCAUGUGAAUUCCCCCAAGAUGGAAAAUAAGGUUGUUCUAUGUUUAAAUGCCCGUACACAUCGAGUAUGUUCUGUCUCUGCAGUACACAAGUGUUUAAUUUUCAUUUUUACUUCACAAGGGAUCCUUUAGUUCCGGAAACUAAAGAAUAAUUGAUCAUACUUGUCCACUAUUUAUGUUCACCAAAGCACUGAAGUAGACCCACCGAAAUAAAAACAAAACCAUCAGACUGUGACACGUCGAAAGACAGUGAAAAAUUACCCUCCUUAAUUAAAAGGAUCGAAUGAUAUCCGAUCCGCCCGAACAGCCAUUCAUAGUUAACGCCAUUCAAAGAAAAUUUUCACAAGCGAAAGAAAUUUCCCGCUACAACUGGCAUGGUAAGUGUAUACACAAGCAUCCAGUGCAAUUUGUGAGAUAUUAGGUAGCUAUACAACAUGCAAGGAAACACCUCAAGUAGGGUUGAUUAUUUUCAUGCGUCCGGAAACUAUAUGAAACACGCAUUCAUUCAACUGAAGGAAAUUUGUGGCCCAGCUUCACAAGUUGGGUGGCAAGUCCCUGGAGCCAUUUUUCUCUUACAAAAGCCGCCAACUAGAGUUUUGGUCAACGAAAAUCAAUAUGAAAUGUAACAACACGUAUAACCAACGUAAUGUUGGUUAUAGGCCUAUGAGUAUUUAUAUGAUAAUCAUGAGGCAAAAUGCAAUGAUACGCCAGAACAAAGGUAUCAGUCUUUUCCUUGUCGUGCAAACUACAGCAAUAUGACUAAAAAUAUGCCUUAAGCCUCGUUACGUUUGAUCGGGUGAUAUGUAACUAUUUUGGUACCGUCCUCUGCUUCUGAAAUUUUUUAAAUGUCAUGCUCAGCUUUUAUGCUACUAAUAUCAUAAUGAAACAUUUCUCUGAAAUAUCAAAUGUAACUGUGUUGCUCAGUAGGUGCAGACUGAAGCCAGGAAUAAUUUCAAAUUUUAAGAGAGUUGCAAAUUGUUCAUUGUUAUCAUUAAAACUAAUUCUGCCUUUUUUAAUAGAAAAUAAAUUCGUGUUUUAUGGUGCAUACCGUUUCGCUUGCUCUAUUGUCUAAACCGUGUAUCUUAACACUGUAGCUGAAGCUGUUCGGUGUGUUGUUUUUAGACCUGUUCUUGUUAUUUCACAUCUGUCUACAUGGGCAGUAUGCGAGGUACAUCUGAACCGGAUCGGUGCUCUCCAGGUACUUAGUGCAAUAUUUUCCUGGCAGAUCUUUUAAAAGUGCAACAGCAAUGAAUUAUUCCCUCGACGCAUUUUCCCGAAACUAUGUACUCUUCUUCGACGUAUGCAUAUGAAAACUCUUUAACAUUCCAAUUAGAUUAAAUGCAAUGUAAAAUGUACUGUUGUCAACACUUACAACUAUCCAUGCUUCCCGGACAACAGAGGGCACUGUGAUGUCAUUGGAUGGUUUUUCUCUUCAAAGGGUCCAACAAGCAUUUCCUCAAUGAAAACUUUUCUAAAAAAAAAAAAGGGAUAGAUACUUGCUUAUUGAUACACGCUUGAGCAGCAACGAAUCAGCCAAAAAAAAUAAACCAAAUCUGCAACAUACAGGAUUGUUUGUGUACAAACCAACGUAGC